GUAGCACAUUAUAUGAUAUAUUUGAGCCUCUAAACUGCGUAGUCUAUAAUUAAGUUGCUUAUUAAGAAAGAACAAAACCCAGUAUAUUUCUCCUGUAGUUUCAGACUGGUAGUGACCUUGUUCCCUGAGGAUAGUGACUGUGGUUGGGAUAUUGGAGAGUGCUGCAUUAGUUCUGAAAUCGCUCUGUUGGAUGCUCCAUCUGAUGAGCUGUUUAUGGUCUGGAAUGGUAUCUUACCUUGUAUCAGCAUUUGUUAACGACCUGAAGAAUUUCAGGUGCUGUGGCAGUGAUUUAGGAAUGGUUGAGCACUGGAUUGAAGUUCUGAAGCUGCUCUAUGGUUCUUACUCCAAUGAAUGAAUUGGAACUUGAAGCUAAAAUUUAAAAACUGCAUUGAAAUGUGAAUGUUUGAAGGAUUGUGUUAUUUAAAUUCUAGUCUGCUUUCUUCACUGGUGAUGUUUGACUUUUGUGUACAUAGCAUUUGUUGGUCUGUGGAAACAACUUACCCUGUACCUUCAGAAAUGAUCUGGGAGAUUGUUGUAGAGUAAAUUCUGUAGAAAGAAAUACAUUCAUUUUUUUGCUUCUCUAAGAAUCUGCAUUGUAGAUUUCAAGACAACUUGAAACAAAUAGAUUUUAACUACGCUGCAGAGAAAAAGUAUUAAAGGGCAAUGCUGACUCAGGGUGAUAACAGUUCUUUGGUUCUUUUGUGUCCUCAGUUAAGUUGGAGCCUCCCUCGUUUGGAGCGAUGACUGUUGCUUGAAAUCUCCAUCUUUGCGGGCUGCUUGCUGCUUUCUCACCUGAGGAUUUCAAGAGUGUAAAAGAAUAACCUCUGGUCAUUUCCUUCCUUGAUAAUGAAGUUACAUUAUUUGUGAAUGAAUUUAGCUGAAUAUGGAUCCGGGUGGUGGAAGUCUUGGAUUGCAAACACAAGAAUCCAAAAUGCCUCACGCUAUGAUUAUGCAGGACUUCGUGGCUGGAAUGGCCGGCACUGCUCAUAUUGAUGGAGAUCAUAUUGUUGUGUCAGUCCCUGAAGCUGUCCUUGUUUCUGAUGUUGUUACCGAUGAUGGAAUAACUCUUGACCAUGGCUUAGCAGCUGAAGUUGUGCAAGGACCAGACAUCAUCACUGAAACUGAUGUUGUAACAGAGGGUGUCAUUGUUCCUGAUUCUGUUCUGGAAACUGAUGUGGCUAUUGAAGAAGCACUAGAUACCAGUGAUCAUGUCCUGACUUCUGAUCUAAUAACAGAAGCUGUUAGAGUUCCUGACCAGGUGUUUGUGGCUGACCUUGUUACGGGUCCCGAUGGACAUUUGGAGCACGUGGUGCAAGACUCCGUGUCAGCAGCUGACUCACCUACGAUGGUCUCAGAAGAAGUCCUUGUAACAAACUCAGAUUCUGAAACAGUCGUUCAGGCAGCUGGUACUGUUCCUGGCUCUACAGUGACUAUAAAAACAGAAGAUGAUGAUGAUGGCAAGAGUACAUCGGAAGACUACUUAAUGAUAUCUUUGGAUGAUGUUGGAGAAAAACUGGACCACAUAGGAAGCGCUCCCUUGAAAAUCAGUACUGAAGUGACAAAUGAUGAAGUGGCUAAAGAUGAUGGGUUUGGUUCUGAAGUUAUCAAAGUGUACAUAUUUAAAGCUGAAGCUGAAGAUGAUGUUGAAAUAGGUGGGACAGAAAUUGUCACAGAGAGUGAUUUUCACAAUGGACAUUCAGUAGCUGGAGUAAUUGAACAAGGAGGUGUUGGUAGAAUGCAGCGAGAAAAAAUGGUUUACAUGGCUGUUAAGGACUCUUCUCAGGAAGAUGAAGAUAUUAGCUGUGCUGAAAUAGCAGAUGAAGUUUACAUGGAAGUUAUUGUAGGUGAAGAAGAAGCUACAUCACUUCCAGACACGCAGCUUGAAGAGACUGGUGUGAAUAAAACUUUUGUUCCUGUUGCUUGGGCUGCUGCUUAUGGAGAUGACAGAAGACUACCCAGAAGAUAUGAAGAUGGUCAAGCGGCAGGGAAUAACUUGGAUACACGAUUAGAAAACAAAAACGGUAAUGCAACACAAUACCUGCAGAUUUGUGAUAGCAUUAGCACUAAUAGAGUGCUAAAACAAAAAACCAAGAAAAGGAGGAGAGGAGAGGCCAGGCAAUGGCAAACAGCUGUUAUAAUAGGUCCUGAUGGACAGCCCUUAACAGUUUACCCUUGUCAUAUAUGUGGGAAAAAAUUUAAAUCCAGAGGAUUCUUGAAAAGGCAUAUGAAGAAUCAUCCAGAUCAUAUGAUUAAGAAGAAAUACCAGUGUACAGACUGUGACUUUACAACUAACAAAAAAGUAAGUUUCCACAAUCAUCUGGAAAGCCAUAAACUUAUAAAUAAAGUUGAUAAAACCCACGAGUUUACGGAAUAUACAAGAAGAUACAGAGAAGCAAGCCCGUUGAGUUCUAAUAAACUAAUACUGAGGGACAAAGAGCCUAAACUGCACAAGUGCAAAUACUGUGACUAUGAAACUGCAGAGCAGGGGCUACUCAAUAGACAUCUACUUGCAGUUCACAGUAAGAACUUCCCUCACGUAUGUGUGGAGUGUGGGAAAGGAUUCCGUCAUCCGUCAGAGCUGAAAAAGCAUAUGAGGACCCACACUGGGGAAAAGCCAUACCAGUGUCAGCACUGUGUCUUCAGGUGUGCCGAUCAGUCCAAUCUGAAAACUCAUAUCAAAACCAAACAUGGGAAUGACUUGCCAUUUAAAUGUGAGCACUGUCCCCAGGCUUUUGCAGAUGAAAAGGAGCUGCAGCAGCACACAGAAUUGUUUCAAGGGCAUAAGACUCAUCAGUGUCCGCACUGUGACCAUAAGAGCACCAACUCCAGUGACCUGAAGCGACACAUUAUUUCAGUUCAUACGAAGGAUUUUCCCCACAAAUGCGAGGUAUGUGAAAAAGGCUUCCAUCGUCCAUCAGAGCUCAAAAAGCAUAGUGAAACCCAUAAAGGUAAAAAGAUACAUCAGUGUAGACACUGUGACUUUAAAACGUCAGAUCCUUUUAUACUGAGCGGGCACAUCCUCUCAGUUCACACCAAGGACCUGCCUUUUAAGUGCAAAAGAUGUAAAAGAGGAUUUAGGCAGCAAACUGAACUUAAGAAGCACAUGAAGACGCACAGUGGAAGGAAAGUUUAUCAAUGCCAGUAUUGUGAAUAUAGCACUACGGAUGCGUCAGGCUUUAAACGACACGUAAUAUCAAUACACACAAAAGACUAUCCACAUAGGUGUGAGUAUUGCAAAAAGGGAUUCCGUAGGCCAUCAGAAAAAAAUCAGCAUAUAAUGAGGCACCACAGAGAGGCCAUAAUGUAAUAUAUGAUGUCAAGAAGGAAGCAAUUUAGAAACUGUGUUAUGAUAAUUGGGGAAAAAAAAAUCUCAUGAACUGUUUCUCCUGGUUUCAAAGCUCGAUAUUAAAUCAUAACUUUACAUUCUUUGUAUUAAAAGUCUUAAAGUAUUAGGGUUGACAGGGGAUCUCAUAGCCCUAUGAUUGUUGCUUAUCAGAACCUGAAGAGCACUAUAGAAUGCAGAAAGAUGGAUGAAUGUCUUAAAUUUGCAGAAAGAUGAAUGAAUGUCUUCAAGUAAUAGUAUUACGCGUUGUUAAGCUAUGGAAGACAAAAAGAAGAUGAUUGUGUUACCCGUUUUGUCAGUGAGAGCGUUUGUCUCCAUACUAAAACAGUUCAGAUACGUGACGGGAUUCUUCACAGCUGGUUUGCUGAGGCAGCUGGGCCUGGCUUCUUGUGUGGUUCUGAGAGAAGAGUAUUCGUCAGUCACUUGGUCAUAACGCUUGAAAUCGUGCCUGGAAAUUAUAUUCUAGAAUUGGUCAGAGUUAGGGGGGGUUGUCCUGCUUUCAACAAAUACAACGUUUCAUUGGGAAACUUUUUGGUUUCCUCUAUUAGUUAGGUCCAACAAGAAAUUUGUAAUGAUUUUCAAAGCUGCUAACCUAUUUUAUUGCAGGAUACAAUGAUAAAAACACAGCGUUGUGAUCUCAGAGGUGGUGUUUUGGUGCUAGGCUUAAAGACGUGUAUGUACAUAACUUCCCUUUUUUACCUGAAACUAUGGCUGAAUGUUGUUCAAUAUGGCACAUAAAAUUAAGUUUGAAUCUGAUUCUAUUUUUUAAGGAUGAAAUGGAUGCAGCUGAUAGUGUUGCUACUCAGCACUACUUUUUUUUUCUCACUACUUUAAGAUCUCAAAGUACUAUUAGAAAGAAAAUUGAAAAAACCUGUAGUUUGUUUUUAAUUAAAAUUCAGAGCACUUAGAAGCUCUUUAGGGCAGUGUUCUUAGCAGGUAUGGCAAUUGCCCUGCCUCCUAAUAUGAAAUUUUCAAUAUAGACAUAAAAUUGCACCUUUUAAUCAAUUCUUAAAAGAAAGAAAUCUAUACCACGCUAUAAACGUGCAUUUUCAAUCUGUAAGAAAGUAUAUAUGCAGUAUUUAGCCAGAGAAAUAUGCUGCCGCUAGAGUUUGGAGAUGGAUCUUCAGUUUACAGUGUAUACAUUUAAAAUAUGCAUCCCUUUAAACAGUGCUUUGUGUUAGCAUGCUGCAGAUCAAAUGGCGCUUAAUAUAACGAGCUGGUCUAGGGCUAUUUAAUGAACAACCUGUUCAUAAGUGUUACGCAUAUAAUGUGUAUUUUUUACUCUUUUUAGUUGCUUCAUGUUUGCACACAGCUGUUCACAUGAGAAAUUGUAACUUCAUGCUAUAUUGUGGCUUUUUGUGUUUCAGAUAUGUUCAUAUUUUGUUUUUGCACCAGAUGAGAAUCAGUUCCUUGAGAAAAUUUUUUUUUAUAUUUCUAAACUUCAGGAAGUGAAAUUUGGGAAAUCUCUUAGAAAAAUACGUGUUUUAUGUGGCUGUAAAAAAUGAUGUACACGCUGUAAAAUAAGAUUGUCACUGUGUGGGAUUAUUAUUUCUAAAUGUGUUACUCAUCGUAACGGGCGUACAAUAAAAUGCAUCUCUUGCACUCCAAAUAUUUUGGAGUCUAUUUCUCAUUUAUGGUGAUUUAGGAAAGUCUCAUUCGGUGUAAUUUUGCCUUAAUAUUUUAGUUACUUUAUUCCCUGGUUGAUAUGAAAUGUCAUAACAUCUCAAGUAAGCAGGUUACCCGAGGUACGUUUGUGUACCACUGUUGAGGGGGAAUAUUGAGGGAAUAUUGAGGUUCCAGUUAAGCUGCUAAGGUGACAGGUAACGUACGUACUUCUGUUUCUAAAUAAUUAUCACAUGUGAUAGUGCUGUACCUUUGAAAUUCUUUCCUUCAAGUGAAGAGAACAUAACAUUUCAAUUUUUGGAAAAAGGCAGGUAGGUGCUGUCUUUUAUUAGCUUUAUAAUAAGAGCAGCUGUCGAAAUGCUAAAAAUACUGCUUUCAUUACUUUCUUAAUUUUCUUCUCUUCUUAGAAUACUUGAAUCAUGGCAUCAGUGGUAGAUUGGAAACUCUAAGAAAAUAAUGCAGUGUUAAAUGAACACUCCAUCGAGGAUUUCCAGUGCGCUGUUGGCCAGCCAACGCGUGGCUGUUGUGCGGGCAAACAAACUAUGCAGACGUUGCUAAUGGAAUAGUCUGGUUUUUGUUUCUGAUACUUUCUUCUUCUGUAGGUCCAGCAGACAGAGGAGGAGACAGUGACACUCACAAAAUGUUAAAAAUUAAUCUUUUGUUUUGUUGACAAUUUUAAUACUUUAUUCCUGAAAAUUAUAUUGAAUACGUAGACUGGAAGAGAUCCUUCAUAACAGGCUGAAGAUGACCGUUCUGUGCUGGCUCAUUUUUCCACCUCCAGGAUGGACAGAAUAACCAGAUAUUGGAACAGCAAAAUGGACAGUGAGAUGUAGUUAAGAAGAGACAGUGUGGAAAUAAGGACUGUUGAAGGGAAAAAUAGUAGUUUCAAGUGUCCACAAUUAAAGGUGAUGAAAUGGAAAGAGUAUUUGGAGGAAUGCCAACAAAGUAAUCUCAAGGUAAAGGUUGGAUAAAGCUUCUUUCUUUGGAACUGUUUGUAUAAUGCUUCUAGCUUGUAAAGCCCAGAUGAGUUCAUGGCAAAGACCACAAUUGCUGAAAGAGUGACUGAAGAACAGAUGUUGGGCACAUCAGGAAAAACUGAAGUUCUCACCAGCAUGGCCUGCCAUUCUCUUCUGAGAGAAAAGUAAGUGCAUGAAACAGUACCAGUAACAUUUGUGCAACAGAUGUUAGCAACAAGUCACAGACACAGGUACCUCAGUUUGUUACCAUUUGUUACAAGACACUGUCUUGCACUGCCUUCAUACUUUCAUGUUCUUCAUUUCUUCCCUGGCCUUUCUCUCACUAUCAGACCAAACCUUCUACUGAGGCAAAAAAAAAAAAAAAAAAAAAAAGCAGAAAAGAAAGCAAUUUUAGAUAUUUGUUGUAGACUCCUUUAACCAGCUUGGAUGGCUGAGGGAUUUCUUUCAUUCCUAAAAGCAAAGAAACAAGCAGCUUGUUACAAGGUAAUAUGCAUACUCACCUAACUGUCUGCUGUACAAAGAAUGCUUCAGUUAACUGUAUGCUUGUUUUCUCUAACAGUCUCUAAGUGUCUGAGUGAGCCUUCCCCUCCACGAGUGCAGUGUGUGUCACCAUUUACAGCAGCUGGCUGUGGAAUGGUCGAAGUCAUAUCAUUAAGCUGCAGGCAGUUCUGUCCAGGAAGUGGCAGAAGCCAGAACAGGCAUCAUUCACUGUUUUCAGUAAUCACAAGAGUAGACAAUAUUGGGAGGGGCUGUUUUUAUAUUUAUGAAUGCCAGCAGGCACAGGAAGUUAUCAGAUACCUAAAUAGCAGACAUUACAGAGUUUCUACCUGAGAAUUUUUCUCUAAUGUAACUAAGAUUGAAGUGAAGUGCUUCUACUUGAGCAUCCUGAAAGAGUCAGCAUGAUAAAUACUCAUUACUUGAAAGGCACUGUCACAUCUGUGCUACUGUCAGUAUUCUGUUCAGAUUCCUAUCAGUCAGCAUCGCUAUUCAGUAAUGAAUGCAGAUUGAAAGAUUUUGUUGGCAGAACAUAAAUGCAGAAAAAAUAUUUCUCAAGCUUGGAGGAAAUUGGCACUUCUUAAACUGGAUUUAUCAAGUUUAUCUUGUGACAAAGUCAUUUUGUUUCAGCUGAAACUUGCACCAGUGAUAAAGACCUUGGGAAACUUAAAAUGCAACCAGUUAAUAGUUCUUAUUUAUUCAGUGAUAUUGAUCUCUUUAAAUGCAGCAUACACUCUCAUUUUCCAUUAAAUGGAAACAAUGACUAACUUUUCAAGUAAGCAAGGAAGAGAUUUUAGCUUUUUAUUACUGUUAUUUCUUUAUUACUGUGUUAAUUCCUUGCUUGCCAGAUGUUUUACUUUCAGCCUACUCAGGCUGCUCGUAUUGCCUUAUUGCCUUAAGUUGCCUUUUCUUGGUUGUGUCCCCCAGAAAGCUAUGCUUACAUUGCUGUACUUGGUGUGAGCUGGCUGUGCUGAUCUUUCUCAAGUCUUUACCUUGUGUUCAGAUUUGAUGCUAUCCUGUACCUUGUAACAUAAACAGCUUCUGCAGUCCCACUUUCUGUAACUUUAAGUCACUCUUUAAAAAGAAGUCACCACUCUUCUGUGUUUCCUGGAUUAGUCACUGCUCUGUCUCUGUGUAAGUUUCAGGAACAUGGUGCUUAAUCUGUUUUAAUAAUAGUGCAGAGUAAUUAAUACUCAUGAUUCAGAGGAAUGCCAUGCACCCAAAGCACACCACCUGUACCUUUCACCUGAGAGCAGAGCGCUGAAGAAGUUCUCAACUCCUCACUACAGAUAGUGAUGCCCAGAGGACUGCCUCGCGCACCUGGGCAAAGACUGUUAGAGCAACACCACUUCCUUUGUUAAAGUUAAUUAAAGGUCAGAAAAUAGCAACACUGUUUUAUUUAUACUCUACCUAGCAAUUACUGCCUCCUUGCAACAGACAGUGCAGUUUCUUGACUCCAUUGCCUUGCUCUUUGCAGCAUGGCAAAAUUAAUGCUAUUCUUUUCUCUCAGGCAUCAGUUUUGGCUCAUCACGUCUUUGAAAAAAAAUUAAAUACUCCGUAUCUCAGACCCUGUAGUGAAUCCCUAGAUGAACUUACAUGUUUCCAUAUCUCUCCAGUCCUCUCAAUUACAAUAGUUUGUGAUUUGUUGACAGGUGAUGUAACCUUGUAGUCGUCAGACAAAAGACCCAGGAUGGGAUACUGAUUCCUGUACCUGUAUUGGAAAGAGUUGCUCAGCUGUAAACUAUCAAACCGAAAUCUGCAUACCUGUAUUAUCCAGAUCACUAUCUCUGAUCUUACCCCAUAAUCCUGUCAGUUAACAAUCUCCACAUAUUCUUACUAGUAACAAAAAUGCUAACACUGCAAUUUAAAUGUCUGUAACAUGUUGGCCACCCCUCCGUUUGCGAUUACAGUGCGUAGGAUUGAAUCCUUCCAAAUGGUUUUUACUAGGUGGAGCUUUUCCCUUUUGCAAAAGUUGAACAGACAUUUGGCAUUAAGACGUUUGCAGGAGGUAAGGACAUAGUUAAUAGAAGUAUGCAAUGGAAAAUGAAGAUGUAUUUUUAAGAAAGAUGAAUAACUACAUUACUUCUUCGUGAUGAUAGCUGUUACACCAGGGGACUGACUGCUUGAUACUCUGUCAUGCUUGAGUCUGAAGAGUUCCUGAGAAAACCAGAAGUGAACAUUCAAGUAAAAUAAAUCAUGCUUUCUGAUGUACUGGUUCACUGAAGUCACAGAAGAAUCCACGCUGAAAUUCUUAUUGAAGAAUGCUCUGAAAUAGUUUUGACAAACUGAACACUUGAAAACCACUGCUAGGAAGAAAUCUUACCUCAUUCACUGUUCAGAUCUUGCAAGUCAAUGAGUGAACCAUCCGUUUUUAUUAAGGCAACUAAGCUUGGACUUCAUGAGUUAAAUUUCAUCAUAAUGGACUUUACUGUGAUAGACCAACAAAUGAAUGAGGCCGUGGGAACUGAGAAAUACAACUUACCCCCAGGUCAUCCUGCAAAUGGCAGAGCUCUUCACUAAACAGCUGUACAGGUCGUUGGUCUUGCGGUUCAGUUCAGCAAGGAGCUCACCGAAGUAGCGGCAGUCCAGCUGGUCAUUGUUCUCCUGAGAGCAAUUGAAGUAACAGAUGGUAAGCAAGAUGAUCAUAACCCAUUCACUUCCUUGGGAAGAAAGCUGCAUGUGAAAAUGCUACCAACGUGGUGGAAUUUUUUGUUUACUCUUACCAAUGUGUGAUUUGUUUAUACUAUUCUUUUCCUGGCUAUUGUGUGUUCCAUGUCUUCUGGUUUUCAGUAAACUAUACAGAAGUAAAUUCUUCCUUUACAGCAACAAGAAAUAGGCUAAGCAAUAUCUUUUUCAGCAAUGUUAUCAUUCUUAUUCUAAUACAGAAAGCAUAGAUAAUUAGUAAAACCUCCUUUAAUGAUCUUCAAUGUUUCCAUAGCUGUAGUAGUGGGCAGAAUGCAUAUGGACAGCACUGAGAACUUACAGAAAGGCACUCACAUAAGCCACCUCCUUCUUUUUUUGUUUUUUUUUUAAACCCAACAGAAAGUUAAAGCAUCUUUAACUGAAGAUAAAAUGUUUACUUACAUGAAUAAUAGAAGUGAAAACAGGCUAAACUGAGUUUAACUAAGUUGUUUUAUUGGACUCUUGUCUAUGGGAAAUUUCCACAGACCAAUACAGCCAUCACCCAGUAUGUCAGUCUCACCACCUGUAUGUUCAACAGAUGCAUGGGACAGGACUGCCACAUGUGAACCCCCAGCCAAAACAGUGCUACUCACCAACUUGCACAUGAAGUUAUUUCAGACCCCCACUGAGCAGUUCAGAUAGAAAGCAGUGCUGAAUUGGCCUAUGUCCAGUUUACAAAGCACUUUUUACCUACAUUUUACUAAAACGGGAAAGAAGCAUUAAAUCUUGUAUUACUCAGCCUUUGUUGUACUAACAGAUGAAACCUGACUGAAUCAAUGAGCAGCACUCUGAGAUAAAGAAAGAAAAAAGCACCACAACAAAGCGGCAGGACUUGAUGGGUACACUUAAGCACUUUGCUGUUUAUACUUACAGAAGGGACAUAAUGCUUAAUUACCACGCUAUGAUUUUGAAUGUGGACUUUUGAAGAGCAGAAAUCAGUAUCUUAAUCUAUAUGUAAAGUUCUGUACUCCAUGUCCAAAAGCAUAUUGUGAGUAGUAAAACAUGCAGCAAAUGAUUCUUACCUGUUCGCAGGUUUGAACUGUCACCCUCCUCACUGCACUUCCUCUGCAGUCAUCAGUCACAGAGAUGGGCAUUACUUCACAGGGGCUGCCAGUCUGUGUUUGCUGGCACUGCUGUGUGACUGCGGGCUGCUCGGGCUGCUGGCAGGGCUGCAUGGCACAGCACUGAUCAGACAGCUGUGGAAUCUGACACUGGUGGGAAAAUUGGUACUGCUUCUCCUAAAAUAAAAACAGGAGUGAAUUUUCUUUAAGUUGCUGAACACAUCUUAGUGAGGUGAAAGCAUAAUAAAAAUACGUAAAUGAAUGAAAGGUGUUUUGGCAUCAAAAGACUGUUUCAGGUAUUUUAAUAAUGUUAAUAAAAUUGCUUUUUCUUACUAUUUGAA